AUGGAAGUCUGUGUCCAUAAUACCACAGUGUAUCAGCCUGGCUCAACUAUACCAAGCGAUGACCCUUGUACGCUUUGUCAGUGUGGUUGGAAUGUAGAUCCUGAAACAGAACUUCUUGCUCCAGAGUGUGUGAUAGCUGACUGCAACAAUAACUGUCCAGAGGGUCACGAGUACCAACUCAUUCCUGGUCAGUGCUGUGGAGAGUGUGUUAGCACCGAUUGUGUGGUUAUGCAUGACAACAUCACAGUUACCGUUUCAGUUGACCACAUAUGGCAACCAUCUAAUGACAAAUGUGUGAAAUACAAGUGUGAGAGAGUCAACGGUAACUCAGUGACAGUUGAGAUUAAGACCACUUGCCCUGCCUUCAAUCCUGAGAAUUGUAUCCCUGGAACAGAGACAAUAGAUGCAGAUGGCUGCUGUCAAACCUGUACACUGGACAACAAAUGUAAUGUCCAGAAGAACAGCACCUUCAUGGCCAGUAAUGGCUGUAUAAGCAGCACACUUGUGGAAAUAACCUCUUGCUCAGGCUUGUGUGAGACCUCAUCAAUAUACUCUGCAGAAGCGAACGCUCUUGUGCACUCAUGCUCGUGCUGUCAGGAAAUGACAACCACCAAGAAGGAAGUGACCCUGACUUGCCCCGAUGGGUCAAACAUCAGCCACACUUACAUUUACAUUGAGUCUUGUGGCUGCAAGGCCUCCGAUUGCUCUGGUCAGUCGACUUCCUUAAGGAGACGCCGAAGGAGAUUGUGAACCUGCGUUCUUAA